CGCAAAAAUUGACCUCACCUAGCCCUCACGCCCAAUUGCGCUGCUCCCCUUCCAACACAAUGUCCACCAAACUCCGCGUCCUCCUCGUCGGCAACGGUGGCCGCGAACACGCCAUCGCCUGGAAACUGCGCCAGUCCCCUCUCGUCGACCACAUCUUCGUCGUCCCCGGCAAUGGCGGCACCGCCCAACUCCCCAACGUCACCAAUAUCUCGAACAUCAAGCAAGAAGACUUCCCCGCGCUGGUGAAAUUCGCAAAAGAGAAUCAUGUCAACCUACUCGUCCCUGGGCCCGAAGCACCCCUCGUCGCCGGCAUCGUAGAUCAUUUCGCGCAGAAUGCGCCGGAAAUCAAGGCUUUCGGACCUAGCAAGGCGGCGGCGAGAAUGGAGGGCAGCAAGACGUUUAGCAAGGACUUUAUGAAGCGGCGCAGCAUCCCCACAGCGGCGUACGAGAAUUUCUCCGACUACGAGGCCGCGCGGAAAUACCUGGACUCGAUAUCGCACAACGUGGUCAUCAAGGCGUCGGGGCUUGCUGCAGGGAAAGGCGUGAUUAUCCCGCAGAGCAAGGAGGAGGCGGAUGCUGCUCUGAAGGAAAUUAUGCUGGACAAGGAGUUUGGGGACGCCGGGGACGAGGUUGUGAUUGAGGAGUUUCUGGAGGGGGACGAGUUGAGCAUCUUGUCGUUUAGUGAUGGCAGGACGAUUCGGUCGUUGCCUCCUGCGCAGGAUCAUAAGCGGAUUGGGGAGGGGGAUACGGGGCCCAAUACCGGGGGGAUGGGGACGUAUGCGCCGACGAAGAUUGCGCCAAAGGAAGUGGUGGAGCAGAUUCAUCGGGAGAUUCAGCAGCCGACGGUUGAUGGGAUGAGGGAGGAGGGGUUCGAGUUCAAGGGAGUGUUGUUUACGGGGUUGAUGAUGACGAAGGAGGGGCCGAAGACGUUGGAGUAUAAUGUACGGUUCGGAGACCCCGAGACGCAGAGUUUGUUGGCGCUCAUGGAUGGGGAUUUGGCGGAGGUCAUGGUUGCGGUGGCGGAGGGGAGGUUGGCCGAGGUGGAUGUCAAGGUAUCGGAGAGGUCGGCUGCGACGGUCGUGGUGGCUGCUGGAGGGUAUCCGGGGUCGUAUGCCAAAGGGACGGUCAUGACCAUUGACCCGGUUCCUGACGACGUGGUACUGUUCCAUGCUGGAACUACUCUCUCAGACAACACCCUCAAGACCUCUGGUGGUCGUGUUAUCGCUUCCACGGCCACGGCGGAUACGCUGGAAGAGGCCGUGGCGAAGGCAUACAAUGGCGUCGACUGCAUACACUUUGACGGUAUGCAGUACCGGAAGGACAUUGCAGGAAGGGCAUUGAGGAAGUAAGAGAUGGCAAAGGAGAGAAGAACAAAACAAGACAUGAUAGAACCAAAAAAUUCAUAUUUUCG